AUGAGCUUUUCAAUCGUACAGGGCCUAAAAGACGAAUGGCUUAACAAACUAAAGACGAAAGCAAACCGCAAAGUAUGCAUUUACUACAAGAAAGAGCAUAGGAAAAGCAUUGUAUAUUUCCAAUGCGGUUAUAAACUGGCAAUCGGUGGGCACCGAGAUGACGAUCAUGUUCUUAUCGUGCAGAAGAGCGAUUUUGCAGACAAAACCUGUUUUACAUUCUUUUUGUCGAACGAGAAUGUGCCAAGAAACUUCAACAAAAUACCUAAAAAAUACGCCAAUCACCUUUUGAUCACGCAGUACUACGAGAAGCCGUGCGCACUGAACUACGUUGUUAGUCCAUGCAAUUACACUCCUCUUGUAAAGAAAUAAUAAAAAAUAAUAAAUAAUAAAGAAGGUGAAAAAACGUGUAAUGGAAUUUAAUUGAGAGGGUAAGCAUUGAUUGCCUAUAUUUUAAGGAACGGUGAUCAAAAGAUUUUUACUUUAAUUACAUCCAUCCACAUGCUUCCACAGCACACCGCUACGCUUAUCACCUUAGACUGUGCAUCGAUGCUUGACGCAGAAGGGAUCUUCAACGGAAAAGAGCGCAUUUUGUGAACAAUUCGUUUGAACUGUAGGAAUGGGU